GGGGUGAGAAUUCAGUCGAUAUCCGUCGAGGCUGCUGACUAGAAAGACCGCUUGCACAACUGCUGAUGGAUUGAGAGAGUGCCUUUUCAAUACGUACAACCAAUAAUUUAGCUAAUGGAACGAACUUCGCGGAAAGAGCCAGUGAUCCGAGAGCUGUUCGUGCCGGCGGUGGCCGACAUGCGUGAGCCAGUGACGCUGUGGUGCCGCUACGACUUGGCUGGCGCGCGCCUCUACUCCGUCAAGUGGUACAAGGACGACCAGGAGUUCUACCGCUACAUGCCCGACGAGCAACCGCCGGCGCAGACCUUCCCAGUGCCCUACGUCUCCCUGGAUCGGAAGAAACGCUUCGUCGUAUCUCUUGGCUGGAGCCCGCACGCGGACGCGGUUGUUAAUACGUAA